AGGGCUUGCUUUUUUAUCUUCUCUUUUCGUGGUUGAGGUUCGGCUUCGUUGCUCCGCAGGAGGUGUAGAGAUUGUACGAGUCACAUCUUCAGCUCCUUCGUUGCAGUUCGAAUUCGCUCCUUCGACGGCGUUCUCGGAAGUCACUACAUUUUGAUCGGAAGCAACGACGGGAGCUCGCUCGCUGUGAAGGUAAACAAAUGGAUUCUAGCAGACGUCAGGAAGGGAUUCAACAACUAUUAGCUGCAGAACAAGAAGCCCAGCAUAUUCUCAAUGCUGCUAGGAAUGCAAAAAUGGCCAGGCUAAAGCAGGCGAAAGAGGAGGCUGAUAAAGAGGUCGCUGAGUUUCGUGCCCAGCUGGAAGCUGAUUUUCAAAAGAAAGUUGCGGAGAGUAGUGGUGAUACUGGCGCAAACGUUAAGCGCCUGGAAGAGGAAACUGAGGCCAAAAUCCAAAGCCUUGACUCAGAGUCUGAUAGGAUAUCUGGUGAUGUCGUUCAAAUGCUUUUAAGGUAUGUGACCCAGGUGAAGAAUUAGCUAAGGACUACCGUUCCUUUUUGUGGUGACGAUACCUUUUUUAAAAGGUUAUGCUUUGUGCUUCUUCUAUUCCUUCCUUGUACUUGAGAGCUGGGGGUUCUCCUUGUUUCUGAACUAAUAAAUAGCUCAUUUAUCAUAGUAUAGUGUAAUGAGCUUGGUCUUUGUGGAAGUUAAGAGUCAGUGGUGUGACAUGACCAUUUUGUUCUCCUAAAUGGAAGCUAUUAAUAAUAUCUGAACAUUUGCAGUUAAUUUCA